UGUGAUGAUUUUGAUUCGUAUUUCCUUGAUUGUAAAAAUUGGUAAAAAUAUGAAAGAAUCUAUUUUUUAAUAUAGAUAUUUACGGAAUUCUAUCCCACAAAAAUUAAUUUAGUAUUUAUGAUCAACAAUCAACAUUAACAUAAAAAGCCUGAUAGCAUGGCCUGAUAGUAAAACUUGUCAUUUGUGGUGGUGAUUUCUCCUUCAAGAGCUAAGUUCAAGAGAUUCUUCUCACAAUGACUAGCAUUAAGCAACCCAGUGAAGAGAAAAAAAUAAAAAUAGAAUGCCCUAAGGACACCUGUAGGGUCUGCAUGUGCAGCUACUUGGCAAUGUCCUAUAUUUUUGAUGCAGGCUGUGAUAUUGUCGAUAAGAUUUUAUAUUGUACAGGUUUACAGAUCACGAUAGACGACGGUCUUCCGUCACAAAUAUGCAGUAACUGCAUCCAAGACAUGACAAUCGCAUACAAAUUCAAAUCCUCCUGUAUACUAGCCAAUGAGACGUACCAGGAUUUACUUAAAAGCGGAAUUAAGACUGAAUUGGAUUAUUUCAGUGACGAUGACCAUUUUUGUGACGAUGAUUUUAAUGUUAAGGAGGAGCCCGAUGAUGGAUUUAAAGAGGAAGAAAUUACCAUUCCAGAAAAGAAGCCACGUAAGAUCCGUGGCCCAUACAAGAAGAAAGAAGGGAAACAAAAGAAGCCUCGCUUGAAGAAGUUCAAUUUCAGAAGGUUGUGGUGCGAACCGUGCAAGGUCAGCUUUGCGAGUAGAAAAUUGAAUGAUGAGCACAAGAGAACUGUCCACGGAGCUCAAGCGGAGACUUAUAUGUGCGAGCACUGCGGCAAAUUGUACGCGUGCAAAUCGUCGAUGUACUCGCACACACGCACUCACCUCCCGCCGCAAUAUGCGUGCGAGCAUUGCGACUACAAAGCCACUUACAAGCACGACCUGGCCAAGCACUUGCAUAUACACGCCGGUAUAAAACUCUACCAGUGUCAAAUCUGCGCGGUUCGCUACCGAACGUCGUCGACUCUAAACCAACAUAUUCGACGCGAGCACGAACGUGUGAAGCGAUUCCGCUGCGAAUUGUGCACGUACGCUUGCUUCGAUCGCACGAAGUAUAACAGGCAUAUGGACUCGCAUAAUAAUGUGAAACGUUUCGAGUGUGAAGUCUGCCACUCCUGCUUCACUCGAAGAUGUUACUGGAAGAAACAUUUGCAGAAGAACCACAACAUCGAAACGCCUAGGCAGCGCCCGGGUAGGCAGAAAGACAUUAUUUUAACUGGUUAAAGCUCAAAAUUGAAUGAAAGUUGCUAGUAUUUUUGGUAAAAAAAUUGUCAAUACAGGGUGUGGUUUUGUAAAACAAUGCCCAUCUCAGAUGUGGUAGGUAUACACGACACUGAUGAAAAAAAAAUAUUUUAAAUUUUCAUGGAAAAUUCCAUGAAAUCACUAACAGGGUGAGCUAUCGGACAGUCCCUCCGCUCUCUCUCUCUUUCUUGAAAUUACUUUCAUACUACCACACCCUGUAUUGAAGCUUCUGUCAACGAGUUAAAGUAUCAAUUGAUUUUUUUUUGUCGUGACGUCACGGCUGCUAGUUGUGCAGGUUAACUCGACCAGGUUGUACUUCUAAUGUAUGAAUAUUUUAUUUAUAUUGUUGAUUAAUUAAUUUUACUGGUGUGUGAUUGGACAGUGUUUAAUUUAUAAUUGUUACGAAUGUUCUGGAAAUUAAAAGAAAAAUUAAU